AUGUUCGUCAAGAAGCUCGUGGAGAAGGCCUCCAAGAAGCAGCAUAUCGGCAGCAUCAGCUCCCUGCGCGCCGAGGACGUCAGUCCGCGGCUAGCCUUCCACUAUGGCGUCCCCGCCGACGCCGCCCUCCUCGCCUACGACCCCGUCCUCCACGUCCUCGCCGUCGCCACCAGGAAUGGGCAGAUCAAGCUGUUCGGCCGCGACAACACGCAGGCGUUGCUCCAGUCCCCCUCCCCACUCCCUUCCAGGUUCUUGCAGUUUGCCGAGGGCCAAGGGGUUCUGCUCAAUGUCAACACCCAGAACCAGAUCGAGGUUUGGGACAUUGAUGCGAAAAAACUCUGUUAUCUGCACCCGAUUGAAAAGGCGAUCACUGCAUUCUCUGUGCUGCAGAAGAGCUCCUACAUAUAUGUUGGGGAUAGUUCUGGAAAUGUGUCUCUAUUGAAGCUUGAUUUGGCUCAGAGAUGCCUAGCUGACAUGCCGUACUGGAUACCUUUUACUGAAUCUUAUGGUUCCACUGCUAGUGCUGGUAAUGAUGUCGAAGUAAUAUUUGUUUCGCCCCAGCCUUUGUCUGAAUUGAACAGGGUGCUCAUUAUAUUCAGAGAUGGGGUUAUGAGUUUGUGGGAUAUUAAAGCUAGCAAAGCAGUAUCCAUAUCUGGUAAAACUAUGCAGCAGCAAUCACAGAAGGAGGCUAAAAAUGUAACGUCAGCAUGCUGGGUUUGUGCCAAGGGAAGCAAAAUUGCUAUUGGAUGCGAUAAUGGCGAUUUAUACAUUUGGGCCAUUCCUGAGGUUACAAGUACACAAAAUUCCUCAUCUAUGGGCAGCCAGAAUCUACCUAUUCAGAGGCUUAACCUAGGAUACAAGCUAGACAAGUUGCCAAUAGUCUCUUUGCAAUGGAUCUCUAGCGAUGGAAAGGCAGGUCGUUUGUAUAUCAAUGGUUUCAAUGAUCAUGGACACCUAUUUCAGGUUCUGAUUCUGAAUGAAGAGAGUGAAUCACGAAUUGUAAAGAUGGUCUUGCCUAUCGCUGAAUCUUGCCAAGGAAUGGAACUUGUUACAGGGCUUAGUGACCCAAAUAAGCACAGACAAAGUGCCCUUGUUCUUUUGUUGAAAUCUGGUCAGAUCUGUUUAUAUGAUGAUUCAGAAAUUGAGCGCUAUCUCCUUCACUCUCAGUCUAGAUCACCUCCAACACUUCCAAACUGUUCAUAUGUGAAGCUUCCUUAUGGUGAUUCAGGCAUCAGUGUUGCAAAGUUGUAUACAUGUAACCCUGCAGCCUUAGCUUCUUUGGACGAGGAUUAUUUUUCAUCAGCCACCAAAUAUCCAUGGCUGUUUUCAAUGAAGGAUAAAGGUCAGACUUUAACAAGUUUUACCAACAUUCAUAAGACCCGGAACCUCUGUAUAACUGGACAUCUAGAUGGAACCAUAAGCUUUUGGGAUGCAUCAUGCCCUCAUUUGCUGCAGAUUUUUACGAUAAAGCAGCAGAAUGAAGAUAAUACAUCAACUGACAACCCUAUCACAUCAUUACAGUUUGAUAUGUCCUCUAGCAUUCUGUUGUCUGGAGAAAGGAGUGGAAUGGUCCGUAUUAUCACAUUCAAAAAGGACUCCAGCAACAACAUAUUCUCCUUUUUAAAUGCAAAGCAAGGAGAUAACUGCAAUGUCAGAAGUAUAAAGCUUAAAGGAGCUGUAACCACAAUGUCUUCUAUCUCAAAAUCAAAGCAUUUUGCUGCUGGGACAGAAAAAGGAAUUGUAUCAGUUAUCAACGUAGAAGAUGCUACAAUCUUAUAUCAAAAACAGUUUGAGUGUCGACUAUCUGGUGGAAUCGCCUCUUUGCAAUUUGAAAUCUAUAGCCAUAAUGGAUAUGACAAGGACAUUUUGUUAGCAGCGAUGGAAGAUUCAUCUAUUUUUAUUAUCGAGGAAGAAAAUGGGAAACUUUUGAACCCCAACCCAGUUCAGACUGACAAACCCUCUAAAGCCCUUCUUCUGCAGAUGUUAGAGUUAUCGCCCAAUGACACACCAGCAGUUUCAGAUAACCACGAUAUAGUAUUGAAGGAAUCAUUGCUGUUACUUUGCACUGAAAAUGCAAUCCGCUUAUUUUCCUUGAGCCACGCAAUUCAGGGCACAAAAAAGAUAAUCAAUAAGAAGAAAUUGAAUAGUAGUUGUUGUUUCGCCUCUCUUAUUCAUAGUUCUUCUAAUGACAUUGGACUUAUACUUGUCUUCUUCAAUGGGAAAAUUGAAAUAAGAUCCCUGGCAGACUUAUCCUUGUUGAAGGAUGCCUUUUUACGAGGUUUUGUGUACUCAAGAAACUUGAAUUCAACUAGUUCCAUAGCAUGUUCAUCAGAUGGAGAAACCAUCUUGUUUAAUGGAGAAGAGACCUAUUUUUUCUCUACGCUCUGCCAGGAUGAGAUAUACCGGCACGUGGACAGCAUUAGUACAGUAUACAGAAAAGAGAGCUCAACCAGGGAAGACUCUUCUUUUGUAGUGAAAUCUCCUAAAGAAAAGAAAAAGGGUCUGUUUGGAAUGAUUAUGAAAGAUAACAAAGGAAGCAAAUCAAAAGAAAGUGCUGCAAAUGGCAGCGAACAACGUAUUGCAACGACUUCUGAAGAGCUGGCUUCAAUAUUUUCUUCAACUAACUUUGCUCCGCCAUCUGAGGGAAGGAACAGUUCACUAAGAGAUGAUGAAAAUGUCGAGCUGGACAUAGAUGAUAUCGACAUUGAUGACAACCCACAGAAGCCAAAAGGACCACAUUUCCCUGGUCUAAGCAAAGAGAAAAUCAGCAAGGGACUCCAUACCCUUAGAGGAAAGUUGAAGCCCAAGACUGAAGAAAAGAUAAGCUCAGGAAACAAAAAAACUGAAGAUGAAACAUCAGUGAGUCAAGUCGAUCAGAUAAAGAUGAAGUAUGGAUAUGCAAAUACAACAAAUGAUGACUCAACCAGCGUUCCAAAAAUGAUUGGAAACAAGCUGCAGGAGAACAUGAAAAAGUUGGAGGGCAUUAACCUUCGGGCUGCUGAUAUGGCCAGCGGCGCCCAGUCAUUCUCUGCAAUGGCAAAAGAGCUACUCCGGACAACAAAGAACGAGAAGGGGACCUCAUAA